AUGCUUUUCAAACACAGCCUUGUGCUGUUAGGGUUAGCUUCGGCUAACUCGCCCUGCUACGACGAAUUCGGCGCGGCACAAGCUUGCUCCUCGGACUUUCAGAACAUCGUCAGCGGGAAGCUUUUCGACGCCUCCUCAACUUGCGGCCAGGUCGCUUCGGAGACCUUCUUCAAGCACAAACGACAUGGCCAGUUUGCAGAGAACAAAGUUUAUACCUGCAACACCCGCGGAUCCGUCGAAAACCACGAUGCUUCCCGAUUGACCGACAAUUCUACUGCAACUUGGUGGCAAUCCGAAUCCAUCUAUUCCUCCCGAAAAUACGGCCGGGAUAUCCGGGACAACGACGUUACCCUCACCCUUGACCUUCAGAAGAAUUACGAAGUAACUGCGAUGAUCCUCAACUUCACCUCUCUCCGCCCAGAAUCCAUGGUCAUCGAAAAGUUCCAAAACGGCAAAUGGUCGGCCAUGCAGUACUACAGCUCCUCCUGCCUUCGAACUUUUGAUCAAGUUUCUGAUGAUUAUGUCCGCGCAGAAAUGCCACAAAUGGCCAUUUGCAGUUCAAAAUUCACCUCAACUUCGCCGAUUCAAAACGGAAAGAUUCUCUUUGCUAUUCUCGAGGGGCGACCUGGCGCGACCAAUUUUAAGUACGAUGCUCAGCUCCAGGACUUUUCGACUGUCCAGAAGCUUCGAUUCCGAUUCGUCCGACUCAACACCUUUGGUGACGAAAUCUUCAGCAAUCCCAAAGCCCUCAGGUCUUACUACUACACUGUUUCGGAAAUCUUCGUCAUGGGUCGAUGCAAAUGCAACUUCCACGCCUCCCAAUGUCUACCAGACAGCAACGGAGUCGACCAAUGCCAGUGCGAGCACAACACGACUGGACCUGACUGUAACAUGUGUAAACCACUGUACAACAACAAGCCCUGGGCUCGAGCCACACCUGAAGACGCAGCUGAAUGCGAGAAGUGCGAAUGCAAUGGUCUCGCAGACGAGUGCGUCUACGACGAAACCCUCGGACAUGGAAGAUGUCUCAACUGCCAGGACAACACUGCCGGGCCAAGAUGCGAAGAGUGCGCUAAGGACCACUUUCGAGAUCCUUCCACAGGCCGAUGUGUCCCCUGCAACUGCUCAGAAGACGGCGCCAAUAGCUCACAAUGCGACGCAAAUGGCAAGUGUUCUUGCAAAUUCGGUGUUGAAGGCGACCAAUGUGAUCGAUGCAAGCCCCAGUUUUUCGGCCUCAGCCGUGGUGGAUGCCAAAGCUGUCAGUGCAAUAGCGCUGGAUGCAUUGAAAACACUCCAAGCUGCGAUCCAAUUACUGGACAGUGCGCAUGCAAAGAUAAUGUCGCCGGACAGAAAUGCGACAAAUGCAAGAAUGGCUACAUGGGAGCCAACGUCGAAAACGAGCCCGAUGAAGAAAACACUGAUGGUUGCAUCAAGUGCUUUUGUUACAAGCACAGUAACCAAUGUACUCCCGCAACGGAUUUUGUCAAGAAAGAUAUCGUCGAGCCUUUUGCGGACAAGACAAUCACUGGUUGGUCCGAUCUUAACGGCAACGAUGUCGACUAUGAUGACAUUUCCGGCGGCGUGAUUUCUGAAGACGGUUUCGUCACGACUAGCGAGAAGUUUACUGGAAACCAGCGAAAAUCAUACAAUGAGUUUUUGACAAUGGAGGUUCAUCUUGGUGACGAAUUGGAUGCUAUUGAUAAUGCCAAGGUGACCAUCACCGGAACUGACGAAUUUGGAACCCAAAUCGAAGUCAGCAAAGAAGUCCCACUUUCCCAGACCACUGAUGAGCAGCUGAUCUCCGUCAAGGUCAAUGAGAAGGAAUUCAUUCCGCAACUUACUGAUGAAGAAUUCAUCACAAUGCUCGACAACAUUGAAACCAUAGCCGUCGAUGUUCCCGGCCGCCCUUGUCUAUCAAAGGUCUCCCUUGGUAGCGCCACCAACGAUUUCGACCAAUCAGGAGAUCAAGCAAGCCAUGUCGAGAAGUGCUUCGACCCCAAGUAUGAAAACUCUUCGCUUGACAAGUGUGCUCCAGGUUUCACCCGCUCUCCCGUCAAGAAAUUCGUCAAAGAUCAGUACAACCCUUGUGUGCCCUGUGAAUGCAACGGCCAUGCUUUGGAACCAUGCGAUCCUGAUACCGGUGUUUGCAAAUGCCUCCACAAUACCAAGGGCGACAGCUGUGAGGAAUGCGCCAAUGGUUUCUUCGGCAACGCGCUCGACGGAACUAAAUCAGACUGUCAGAAAUGCCCCUGCCCCGAGGGCGCCACUUGUGCCCAGACAAAAGCAAUCGCCGAAGGUGGAAGUGUCGAUGAUGACGUCACAUGCUUCGACUGCCCCGCUGGUUCGACCGGAAACCGCUGUGAAAAAUGCCAAACUGAUUAUUUCGGAGAUCCUUUGAAUGGCCGACCCUGCCAAAAAUGCAACUGCAACGGAAACAUGGAACCCGGUGUCCCUGGAAAUUGCGACGGAAUCACAGGCCAGUGCAAGAAGUGCCUCCACAAUACAAAAGGCUACAACUGCCAAGUCUGCGAACUUGGAACCUACGGAAAUCCGUUGGCUUCGAUCCAAGAUCAGGGAUGGAAGGGAUGCAAGGAUUGUGGUUGCAAUCCUGAUGGAACCCAAGCUGGUGAGGACAACUGCUUCCAAGAUGAUGGACAGUGCAAGUGCAAAAAUGGAGUUGGUGGCAAGCAGUGCGAUACUUGCUUGAAAGGAUUUUACGGUCAUGGAGAAGAGGAAGGUUGUCUUGAAUGUGGAUGCGAUGCACUUGGAUCGGUUGAUGAUCAAUGCGAUGAUCGAGGAGUUUGUACGUGUCAGCCGGGAGUUUAUGGUGCUAAAUGUGACUCGUGCAUGCCAGGAUUCUACGGCCUUUCCGCCGAAGGAUGCAAGCCCUGUGAGUGUUCCCCUGAUGGAUCUCUCGACGCCCAAUGUGACGAAGAUGGAAUGUGCCUUUGCAAAGAAGGCGUGGAAGGCGACAAGUGCGACAAAUGCGCCCGAAAUCACUUUUAUGAAAAAGAUCAGGGCUGUAAGAAAUGCGACGAUUGCUACAACUUGGUUGAAUUUGAGUACAACAAGCACCAGGACGAGCUCAAUAGACUUCGACGAGCUGCUGAGACGAUUCAAUCUUCUCCAAGCAUGCUCAGAUCCGAUGGUGAAUUCGAUCAAGCCCUGAGCAACCUCCAGCGGGACUCGGAAGAUCUCGAAGACAAGGCGGAAGAAAUCCUCAGUGACUACAAACAAAUGAUCCAAGAGCUCUCCGACGCCGGCCAAUCAGCCCAAGAUGUCCAACUCAAACUCGAUCAGUUCGCCAGUUCUCUUGAAUCUUGCGAAAAUAGCGUUUCUGCUUCAAAGGAGAAACAAGAAGCAACAAAAGGAACCAUCAAGACUCUUGAAAACGAAAUCGUCAAGAUCGAAGAAAACAUCGUCGCCACUAGCGAUGAUCUCGACGCCAUCCAAACCAUUGCCGAUGCUCAGGAGCUCAAGAACGAGGAACUCAGAAAACUGGCCGAAAAAUCUUCCAAAUUCAUCGAAGAAAUUCAAGCCAAGAGCGAAGAGGUCCAAGAAAAAGCUCAACAAGCUCGGGAAACGGCUCAAAAUGCCAAAGAUGAAAUGGAAAACAGCAUGAAAAAACUCGCCAAGCUCAAGAAAGAUCUUGAAAUGAUCCGAUCUGACGACGUCAAGGCAACAACUGAGCGAAUCAUCGAAGCCAAGAGAAAAGCUCAAGCUGCCCGUGACGAAGCCAAAGCUGCCAAACAACGCGCCGUAGAACUCUACGAAAAGAUCAAGAGUGACGUCAGGAUUCCAAACAUUGGCGAUCUCUUUGACAAACAAGAUGUUAAAGAAAAAGCUCAGCUGAUCAAAGAGGAGGCCGCGGAUCUUCAGAAAAAGGUCGAUCACUUGAUGAAUCAAUUCGAGGCGAAGAAGGAUGAUCUCGGAGAAAGCGUCGAAUUGGCAAUGGCAGAGUACGAAAAAGGCCGCGAAUACUUGAACAAAGCAGAUCGACUUCUCGCUCAACUUGACGGCGCAAAACACGACUCUCAAAACAGCAAGGCUUUGAUUGACGAACUCACCGCCAAGGCAGAGCGUCUCAUCCAAGAUCUUAGAAAAGUUGUCGCAACUGCCGGAGACAUGGAGGAUUUCGACAGUACUCAAAUCGCUUCCUUGGACGAACUGCAAUCGCGAGUCAAAUUGGCUGAGGAUCUUCAUGAGAACUUGAAAGACAACGUCCAAUUGAUUUACACCGAAGCUGAAAAAGCCAACGAAGGAGCCCAGAAGCUCAAGGAUUCUUCCAUCCAAGCUUUUGAGGACGCUGAAAACAACAAGGACAAGGCCGAAAAGAUCCUCCAGGGAGUUCAGGAUGCGAUUAAGGAUGUCGAGAGCAAAACUGGAAUGUCCGAUGAGAUCCAAAGUGCUUUUACGGCGAAAGAAAAAGAGAUCGACGAAGCAAAGCGCGAAUCCGAUCGAGUCCUCAAGAUGGCUCAAGGAGCUGAACAACAAGUCAUCGAUAGUAAAGAAGAUUUGGACGAGAUCAAAAAACUGGUCGAAGAAAUCAAAACGAGAAAGCUCCCAGAAAUCGUUGACAGUAUUGGAAGCCUCGUUGCCGAAGAAAAUUAUGCUGUUAAGACUUCGGGUAUCCAAGCUGAAUUGGAGGCACUGGCGAAAAAGUUCGCCGAUAUCAAGAAACAUCAACAGGGUCAAAUUGAUAUAGUGACCCAGCAAUUGGCCGAAGACGAGCGCAACUUGUCAUCCCUGACAGACAAGAAACAAAAGCUUCAAGAAGAAGUCGACAAUUUGGAGCGAAUCAGUAAGCUUCUUCCCGAUUGGUGUUCCGGCAGCGCGAGCAGUUCGAACGAAAAUCCUUAG